CUCCACCUACCGUAGAUGUAGCCACUAGCCAGCGCAAGCGCCGCCUUGUCCUGCCCCUCAACAAUUGCUUACAGCUAACGUUAGGUUAUGAAAAGACGAGCUUUUGAUUCACGUUAAUAGCGAGACGCGCGUAGUUUUACUUGACAAUCGUAGCCACUAAGCACAGAUUCUCUCUUAGUGAUAUUUCGCAAAACGUACGCGGUUUUAGCGCUGCCUGUGCACUUGAGUUUUUGGGCUUUGACGAAAGAUACCGAUUUAGAACUAAUUAUGACAACAUCAUGGAGUGAUCGACUUCAGGACUAUGCAGACCUCCCGGCAAACAUGGAUGGCCUGGCUAUGAAGAAAUACAGAAGAGAGGCCUACCAUAGAGUUUUUGUGAACCGAAGUUUGGCCAUGGAAAAGAUCAAAUGCUUUGGCUUUGAUAUGGAUUACACUUUAGCAGUGUACAAAUCACCUGAAUACGAAUCACUGGGCUUUGAUCUGACUGUGGAGCGACUGGUCUCUAUUGGCUACCCACAGGAGCUGCUUGGAUUCGUAUAUGACCCCACUUUCCCUACUAGAGGUCUGGUGUUUGACACCAUGUAUGGCAACCUUCUGAAGGUGGAUGCUUAUGGAAACAUCCUGGUCUGUGUCCACGGCUUUAACUUUCUGCGUGGACCUGACAUCCGAGAGCUCUACCCCAACAAGUUUAUCCAGCGUGAUGAUACAGAACGCUUCUACAUCCUUAACACACUCUUUAACCUUCCAGAAACGUACCUCUUAGCCUGCCUGGUUGACUUCUUCUCAAACUGUGACAGAUAUUCCAGCUGUGAGACGGGCUUUAAGGAUGGAGAUCUCUUUAUGUCCUUUAAAAGCAUGUUCCAAGAUGUCCGAGACGCCGUAGAUUGGGUGCACUUUAAGGGAACAUUGAAGGAGAAAACUGUAGAAAACCUGGAGAAGUAUGUUGUGAAAGAUGCAAAGUUGCCGUUGCUGCUGAGCCGCAUGAAUGAAGUUGCUAAAGUGUUUUUGGCCACCAACAGUGACUACAAAUACACAGAUAAAAUUAUGACAUACUUGUUUGACUUCCCCCAUGGACCAAAGCAUGGUACUCCCCACCGUCCGUGGCAGUCCUACUUCGACCUGAUCCUAGUGGAUGCUCGGAAGCCUUUGUUCUUUGGCGAGGGCACAGUUCUGAGACAGGUGGAUACGACCACUGGCCGGCUGAAAAUAGGAACAUACACUGGACCUCUGCAACAUGGCAUUGUAUACUCUGGAGGUUCCUCUGACAUUAUGUGUGACCUGCUCGGAGCAAAAGGGAAGGAUAUUGUGUACAUUGGGGAUCAUAUUUUUGGCGAUAUCCUCAAGUCCAAGAAGCGACAGGGCUGGCGGACGUUCCUGGUUAUUCCCGAAUUGGCUCAGGAACUGCAUGUGUGGACAGACAAAAGCUCUCUGUUCGAGGAACUUCAGGGCUUGGACAUUUUCUUGGCAGAGCUAUACAAGCAUCUGGACAGCAGUAGCAAUGAGAGACCAGAUAUCAGUGCCAUCCAGAGAAGAAUGAAGAAAGUGACUCAUGACAUGGACAUGUGCUAUGGGAUGAUGGGCAGUCUGUUCCGCAGUGGGUCUCGGCAGACUCUGUUUGCCUCUCAGGUGAUGCGUUAUGCUGACCUGUAUGCUGCCUCAUUCAUAAACCUGCUCUACUACCCAUUCAGCUACCUGUUCAGAGCCGCCCAUGUGCUGAUGCCCCACGAGUCUACAGUGGAGCACACCCAUGUAGAGACCGACACAGAGUCUCCACUGGCCACACGCAACCGUCACUGUGUGGACUGCAAGGACAUUGACUGCAAGAGAAACCAGCUCACACGCUCCAUCAGUGAAAUCAAACCACCCCACCUGUUUGCUCAACCACCACAGGAGAUCACGCACUGCCACGAUGAAGAUGAUGAUGAAGAUGAAGAAGAAGAGUAGAUGGUGCUAGACCUCUUCUAGGGUAAAGAUCCAUGAGAGAAUAGUGAUAGGGUGACAAUGAUAUUGCGUGUUGGAGAAAAGGAGAAGUGGUUGUAUGAAGUAGAUCUUGGGUAUCAAAUAGGUGCCAAGCCAAGCACAACUAGCUAAUGUGAAUAGUAUUCGAGUUUGAUUCUCACUGAUGGUUUCCUCCUUUUCUAAAUAUAAGAGAAUCAAGAUUUUUUUAAUGGACUUAGGACUCAUUCUGUGUGAGAAUUUCUGUACUAAAUCUGUGCAUAAAUUCAUAACAGACAGAAUGAAGUCCGUGAUGGCAAACAGUCCUGGUGGUAAAACUGAGUUUACAUUAGACUCUUAUUAUGCAUCAUGCUGUGGACUAGAUCUUAUUUUAACACAAGCACACAAAGAAUUCAGUCCCUUUUGGGUUGAAUGAAAAUAUGUUUUUGGUAAUAGAGCCAGAACACGCAACUUAUUUUAUUCCGUUUUUAGGCAUAUGUUAUAUUUGAACUGUUUUGACAGAUCUUUAUUUUUAACAUAACUAGGUAGUUCAUCCAGCCAGAUUAGUUCAGCUACCUCCUGCAAAGACUAUGCAGUAAGAAUCUGAAUGAAGCACAGAGAAAGUUUAGCACAUGGUUCAGUGUGAUGUGAGAGGAACUGCAGCCAACUCAAGAAUGCUGUUACUUUGCAACAGCAGACGGCCCAUUUCAUAUUUUAAAAUGGUUUUUAAUCUUGUUUUUCACUUUAUAUUGCAGACAUUUACAUUGCACAGCAGCAAUGAACUGAUGCUUUUCACAUUAGGGUUCACACAGACUAAUGAAAUGAGUGUCAUCCUGAAAACAAACAGACACACUCGGUACCUGCUAUUGUUUUGGCAAAACAAGUUUAAUGUCUCAUACUGUAUUUUUAAUAAUUGUAAUAUUAGUCGGAAAUAACUGCUCAGUUUUUUCGUAAUCCUUAUAUGCCAUUACAGUUAUGCUGUAGAACAGUACUUCUGUCUGACAGGAGAAAAACUAUUAAGACAUCUUAAAUAUACGAAAAAUAUAUUAGAUAAGCAUAAUGACAGAAAUGGACAAUUUAAGAUGAACUGCAGUGAUGUUAACAGCUGGGCAUUCAGAAACUGAUCGUUUGGGUAAAAAGAGCACUGCUGCUUUGGUGUGGUUUCUGUGGCGAUUCGUGUAAUCCUGGCUAAUGUUUGAACUCUGUUGAUGGUUAACCCCAUGAGGACCAAUCUGGUGCAGAUAAAAUGUGUUCUGUGCUUUAUAGGUCCCUUAGACCUUUGUGGAUGUUUUGCAGGUGUCCACAUAACUAGUACAUGUAAGCCAGUAAGUUUUGUCCUUGUCCUAAGUAAUAUGUUUGAAGAGGAAGAGGUUUGAGCUCUGAGAAGUGCAUGAAACUGGUAGAUUAGGAAUAAAUGCAUACUAAAAUUUUAUGAAGCUACACGAUUCACAGUUCAAAAGGUAGUGUGAAUACAAGCAUAUUAUUACUAUUGCUUUUAUUUUAUAAAACAAAAAAGAUUUGUUCAUAGAUAUUUUUGAGGAAGAAGACCCAUGUAUGUACUGUAUGUGUUUAAAAGGAACCUUGGGUAUAGAGAGAUGUAUGGCUUAAUAUAUUAACAAUGACAUUGACUUUAUAAAUGUAUAAUUAAGAACAGUGUAACUGUCACAGUAUUCAUAAACUUUGAAAAACUAUUUGUACUCAGAGGCUGCCAUUUUUUUGCGUCAAAAUCCAUGACAUCAAAUGGUUGCAACAUAAACCCGUUCUCUUAACUUUACAGCAAAGCACACAAGUUUUCCAUAUAUAACAGUAAAAUAUGAGACGUCAAACAUAAGAUCAGAUAUAUAAAUACACAGGGACAGUAGGUGGCAGUAUGUUCUCUGGACAAAAGCCAGCCUGCCUGACAUAAAAGAAGAAUGCGUUCAGUAAGCGUCUGUUCAAGGUAAACAUGCAUUCAAUCAUAGCUUUAAACUACCGUCGUUAAGACCAUUUACGACAUCAUCAUCCACCAUUAUAGUAUACUUUAUACAUUAUGAGAAUAUACUGAUAAACACAAUAAUAAUUUGCUUGCGGUUUGGUUAUUUAUACUGUAUUCUGUAUUCGAGCUCACGUGAAUAUUAGCCCCCGCCAGCUAAUGACCGAGAGAGAGAGAAUACAAUAUGCAACUGAUGUUGAUAAAUCAACAUCAAAAAGUCAAAAUCUGGAUGAAAUGCAUUUUAUAAUGGCUAAAAACAUUGUGUAUAUAUUAAAUUCACAAUGAUUUUGGUUAUUAAUAUGUAUGUUUGUAUUGUUUCUGACCAACAUUAUUAAAAUGUAUGAAAAUACACCAAACAGCAUCUUUAUUUUCUUUAAUAUUUUAGCAUAAUUUUUUAUAUAUUUUAUCCUACGGCACCUUAUAUUUACUGAAGAACUGAUUAGUGUGUCUGUGUUCAGUUUGGCUGCCUGUGCAUGCAACUAUUUUACGUCAUCGAAAAAGAACAUGGCGGCCUCCUUAGGUUAAAAUGAGUAUUACAUGUAGGUUUUCUUUAAAUAAAUUAAAAUAUUUUAUAAAAAAUAUUUUAUGUGUUUCUAAGGCUAUUGCAACGUAUUAAGCCAUACACCUCUCUAUACCCUGGGUUCCCUUUAAACCUUGGGCUAGUUUGUGGUGAGGGACGUUUUUUUAGCAUAUUUUGUAUGUUUAACUUUGUGUAUGGCUAAAAAUAAACUGAAAAUCCUAUGACGGGCAGCUCUUUCAAGUGAUGCUUGUUCUUUGUCCCAGUCUCACACAGAACACAGUAGUAUCUCCCUUUCUUUAUUCGUUAGGUUACCUAGACUCAGCAUUGUUUGUAUAUGAAGAGUUUAGUCCAAAAUGGAAAAACUCCGUUUAUUUUUUUUUCCAAAAUCAAGUUUUUAUUGUGCAUUCCAAUUAUAUAUAUAUAUAUAUAUAUAUAUAUAUGAACCAGAGGGGUGUGAGUGACAUUUCAUCAACUUUACAGGAGGGCCAGAACAAAAAAUACCAUCGUUUGUAAUCAAUAUACAAAGAUGUUACAUGGAUAACAGCGUACUUAUUGAACAGUAUUUAAACAUUUGUUCAGAAGAAAACCAAAACCAUUUUUCUUAAAUAACCCACAGGCUUUUCUCCACAAUUCGGUUGUUAAGUGGUUACUUAAGGAAUACAUUUUUCGGGUCCAAGCAUCUAUUCAUUUUAAGUGGGGCUACAGCUGUUUAUGAGCAAUGUUUACUCAUAUUGCAUAUUUAAACGAAACAUGUAUUAACUCAAAGUAUACACUACAGUCCCCAGGCUCACGGAAUCUCCGUUUAUGAAUUGUGAAAAAUAAACCGCUGUCUAGCCAUGUGGGAUUUCGUUAUGAAGAUAAAGGUUAGGAUCACGGUUUCCUGUAGUUUUAAAGCUCUCAAUGAGCAUAUAUUAGCAUUUUUUGUUGUUUGCCCAGAGCAUCUUAUUGAGCGUUUGGACCCGGAAACAUAUGACCUACCAUAUAUGGUGGUUCGUGACGUCAGGCUUAACAAGCAGAUACAGUUACGCCCUUUUGGCACCAACUGGCUCAGUAUGUUCAAUUAUAGGUCUUUUGGCUUCUACUGAAUAACUCUAAUUGAUUAAGAUAUCACUUGUGUCAUUUUGGCAGUAUAAAGAGCUCAUCAAGGGCUUUCAUUUGGUAUAUAUAUAUCUACAUUUCACCCAAAAUAUCACUUACGCCCCUCUGGCUCUCACCCCUCGAUAUCUGUGUGUGUGUGCAUGUGUGCGUGUGUGGAGGCGUGCGUGUCUUUUUCCCUGGACAUGGAUUAAAACUGAGCUAAUGUCGGCAAUCAUUCUGUUUAGUCUGGAUGUCUGUGCAAGGAAAUAAAGACAUUGAGUUUGAACAGUAUUUGACCUUGUGUCUCAAGAGAUUCAACAUGGAGUACGCUGGUCACAAUCCUACAGUACAACAGAUAAAGAGCUUAUUCAUCAUAGGUAGCAUUGCCUGUGAACAACUGUUUUUAAAUAUCUGUUUCAGCCAGUGUUUUGUUAUAUUUUGGCAUUGUUUCGAUUUUAUUUGUUAAACUUACCAAUAGCUUACUAAUACAUACCGUAGCAGUUCCUUUUUACUUUCUACCUUUUGCUAAUUUCUGAAAUCUUUUUUAUUAUGAUACUUUUUCUAGUUGAUGCUAUUCUAUAUUCUAUAUGACUUUCAUUAGCUUUUAGAGUAACAAUGGAAAAGGUGCACAGUGGUGUUGCCUUCAAAGAGAUUAACAGCAAAUUACCCAUGGUAUUAAUUAAUCCCCUUUUUAUUGUUGUUGUUUAUAUUAUGUGUUCGAAUUCAGUUUUACGUUAUAUUAAGUUAUAACAGUUUUUGAUUUAUUUAGAGUUAUAAACCAAUACAUGGGGGAAAUUGCAUUUCCAUGUAAAAUAAAGAGAAUUUUCCAUAAUAAAUUCACAUGUUGUCUCCUGUAUUUACUUGUGGUCACAUGACUUCUGACAGAUCCAAGUCUGUUGAGAUUAAUAAGAUAUCUGUUGAACAGGAAAGAAGAUAUUUUGAGGAAUGUAGGAAAGCAAACAGUUCUGGGACACCUUCAGCUACCUUUUUUUUCUUUCUGCUAUUGUAGUUGAUGAUGUCCCAGCAGUCUUCCAAAUAUCUUUCUUUGUGUUCAACUGAACAAAUAAAUGUAUACAGCUUUGGAACAACUAGUGGGUGAGUAAUUAAUGACAGAUUUUUUAAUUUUGGGGUAAACUAUCCCUUUUAACCAUCUAUUGCUAAAGUGAGUGACGGAACACUUGACAUUUGAUUGUGUUGCUUAGCACGUCUCACAUUGAUAUAUCAUUGGUGAAAAAUGCCACAACUGUGUUAAAUAUUUCAAAAAGAUGCAAUCAACCUUAUUGUUUCCUCUACAAAAAUACACAUAAAUAACUGAAUGUAUAAGGUAAAACGUCUCGGUUACGACUGCAACCUCCAUUCCCUGAUGGAGGGAACGAGAAGUUGUGUUGAGAGACAGACUGGGGUUUGAUCUUGAGAAGCUAUCAUCUCCGAGAGGAAUUUAAAACGCCAAUGGGCUUUGGCGAAUGGCACACCCACGCCAGUCCCCGUCCCGUGCAUACGGGUAUAAGAGGGAGGUGGCGGCGGCCAUUCACUCACCCUUUGGGCUGAGGAACCUGAGAGACAUCUCCCGGUCGCUGCAGCGGGUCGGCGAAGCGUUGUGGCGUGAAGACACAACGUCUCGUUCCCUCCAUCAGGGAACGGAGGUUACAGUCAUAACCGAUACGUUCACCUUCAGUCGCUCUCUCGACGUUGUGUUGAGAGACAGACAGACUGGGGACCUUGCUUGUACUGAUGGCCAUCACGGGCGGUGGCGUUCGUCUCUAUUAGCGAGACGCCGUCCGGCUCCGUAAGAACACUGGGGAAACACUGCUCUCCUCGUUGAAGAGUGUGUUACGGAGGCCACAUCCUACCACAAGGGGAGGUUACAUGUGGAGGACCAACAUGGUCUCACCAGUGGGGAGAACAACAUGUGAGAAUUUGUGUCAGCCCGAAUGGGGGGACAGAACCCAGGUGGAGUAAACCACCGGAGGGGAGGUCUCAGGUUCACCGACAGGAGAACCAAUUGUGAGGAAUUCAACAUAUGGGACGACCCUGCAGGGGAGUCACUACGUAUGGGGCAACAGUCCUAGUAUAGGGCUCCACCUGAGCAGGGGCAACUGUAGCAGUACUGGACUUGGUUCUAACAGACCGCUCCGCCCGGUCUGUUACCAUAAUGCCAAUGCUUAGUGAUGCUUAGAAUUUUAAAGUUUUACUUAAUUAAUAUUGCAUAUAGGAAUUUAUAGUCUGUUAUAUUUGACCUGUGCUUCUCUCUCCUUUAUCCUAAAGGUGUGCUCUCACUGAGUGUGUGUGUGUGUGUGUGUGUGUGUGUGCGUACUUGUCUGUGUACGUACGUGUGUGUUGUGUGUGCGUGCGUGCGCAUACGUGUGUGUGUGUGUGUGUGUCUCUAUGUCUAUGUGUGUUAGUACGUGUGCAUAUUGUGUGUGUGGAGUGUUUUGUAUGUGGGUAUGUCUGUCUUCUGUGUUUUCAACCUUUUCUUGUUUUUGCAGGUACAACUUUAAUUAUUUUGCUUAUAGUCAAUAUGUCUCAUGUACAGCUGCUUUGUAACAAUGAAAAUUGUAAAGGCGCUAUAUAAAUAAAGUUGAGUUGAGUUGAGUUGAGUGAUGGAUGGAAUACCUAUACAUCACCCUAAGGGGGGAAGUAGGGAGGCUAAGAUAGUGCACUAGACUCGCCUGGAGAGGGGAGAAGGCGCUUUCGCAGGCGUACGCCAAAAUCAGUUGCCGGCCUUAUACGCCGGAAGCGUGUAAGACACAGGCUGACACUGGUUCCACGUGGAUGUGGUAAAACCUCGCGAAGGUACAGGGCGUAGCUUAACCUGCAGCACUACAUAUGUCUGCCAGAGAGGCGCCCUGAGCCAGUGCCCACGAGGAGGCCAUACUCCGAGUGGAGUGGGCUCUCACUGCAAGCGGGCACGGGCGAUCUUGGGACUGGUAUGCCAAGUGAUGGCAUCCACAAUCCAGUGCACCAAUCUCUGUUUGGAGACAGCCCUCCCCUGGUGCUGUCCCCCAUAACAGACAAAGAGCUGCUCAGAGCUUCUAAAGCUCUGCAUGCGGUCCGAGUCGAGGAGCAGUGCGCGUAUAGGACACAACACGUUAGAGGUUGGGUCUUCCUCCCCAGAGGGGAGCGCCUGCAGGUUCAUCAUGUGGUCCCAGAAGGGAGUGGUGGGAACCUUGGGCACGUAACCGGGCCGGGGUCUCAGGAUAAGAACUACCGGGCCCGAAUUGUAAGCACCCAUGGGACACGAAAAAUGCCUGGAGGUCCCCCACCUUCUUCAUAGAAGCGAGCGCCAUCAAGAGUGCCAUUUUCAUCGUCAGAUGAGGAAGACUGGCAUCUCUGAGGGGCUCGAAGUGCCGUACCAAGGCCCUGUGAGACCACAUUAAGGUCCCAAGAGGGUACGGAGCACGGUCAAGGUGGAUUCACCCUUCUCGCGCCCCUAAGGAACCUGGUGACCAGGUCAUGUUGGCCGAGAGACUUACCCUCCAUGAUGAGCGGCAAUAGCGGCUACAUACACUUUCAACGUGGAUGGGGAGAGGUUACACUCUAGUCUCCUUGUAGUAAGGUCAACGCUGACCUGAUCGAGCAAUUCCAUGGGUUCUUCCCGUGGAGAGAACCCACGGAAUUCAUAUGUGCAUCAACCCGAGAGGGAUUACCCCUGUCGAGGACGCCAUGUGCCCCAGGAGCCUCUGAAAAUCUUUCAGCGGGACCACUGGAGUGCGCCUGACAAAUUUCAGACAGUUCAGCACCGACUGCGCAGGCUCGUUGAGACGCGCUGACAUACGGACAGAGUCUAGUUCCAUACCGAGAUAAGAGGAGCUCUGCGCUGGGGAGAGCUUGCUCUUAUCUCGGUUGACCCGUAGGCCCAGAUGGUCUAGGUGCCGGAGCAUGAGGUCCAUGUGCAUACACAACAUAUCUCGCGAGUGUGCCAAGAUAAGCCAGUCGUCGAGAUAGUUGAGUAUCCGCACGCCUUGCUCCCUGAGGGGCGCUAAGGCAGCCUCUACGAGUUUGGUAAAAACCCGAGGAGACAGGGCCAGACCGAAGGGCAGGACCUUGUACUGAUACGCUCUUCUCUCGAACGUGAACCGCAGGAAAAGUCGGUGUCGACGGAGGAUGGAGAUGUGAAAUACGUGUUCUUCAGGUCGAUUGCCACAAACCAAUUUUGGUGACGAACUGAGCCAGAGAUGUGCCUCUGCGUCAGCAUCCUGAACGGCAGCUUGUGUAGGUGCUUGUUCAGGAGGCACAGAUGCAGAAUGGAGCGCAGCCCCCCACCUUUUUUGGGCACUAUGAAGUACAAGCUGUAAAACCCGGAAGACAUCUCUGUUAGAAGGACGGGUUCGAUCGCACCUUUCGCCAAAAGGGCGGCAACCUCGUCCCGAAGCACGGGAGCGUUCUCCGAGGUGUGGAGAAUGACCUGAAACUUGGGCGGGCGCCUGGCGAACUGGAUCGCAUAACCGAGAUGGAUCGUCCGCUCUAGCCAGCGUGACAGGCUGCUGCACUCUUGCCAAGCGCCCAAGAACCGUGACAGCGGAACCAGAGGGACGUUCCGCUUCACCGUGUCAUGGGAGGCUGGUUCGGUGAUUGACAGAGCGGUCACCUCACACGGGGUGGAACCCUGGGGAGAUUGACGGCUCUGCUGACUUACCUGCCUGGUGUUACCGCCGGCCAACGCAACGUCAAGUGGAGAUUGCGGAAGGCAGGGAGAAAUUGUGUCGCCCAGCGCACCGUCAUAUCGAGAGUGCUGCGGGGAAGCCCGGAGAGAGAGAAGCUAAAUGAGAUUUGUGACUCAGACAGUGGCCAGAGAUUCACUGUUUCCAGUAAUGCACCGCAACUGCACAUUCCACCUGGGGGACGUCGACAUAUCCCUUAGCUGCCCCAUCGUCCAGGGAAGUAACAGCUCCUGAGCCUGUCAGACAGGAACGCGCCACGAACGGCAUAUUCCACAUCUUUGUGAGCUCCUCAUGCACCUCCAGGUCAGGUAAGCAAGCACGGCCGUCAUCUCUGCGUCGCCUCGUCUUGGGCUCGACUGCCCGGAGGCGGGAGCUCCAAGGGGUCUCUGCAUCCGAAACCAGGAGGUAGCUGUCCGACGUUAUGACAGAAAGUUCGUCCCCAUCCCGUUGUCGAGUCUGCCCGCUAUGGGACAGUACACCGCCGCCCAUUGGGGACAAGCCGGUGAGCGUGCUGGGGCACGGAUGGUCCGCGAGCCGAAACUGGCGAGGUGACAUCCGUGGGAAUCCCCAAUCACCCCCGCCGCUCACCGAAGCGGCAGUCGUCUUCGCUUGGGAAGCAGACGGGGUUGCGCGGCUACAUUCCGAAGAACAUAGCCGACCGUGACCACAACACCUUAAUCUAUGAGCCCUGCCACUGCAUGCUGGACCCCCAACAUGCAAUACAGGUGUCGUGCUCGUCGGACUCGGGGAUGAGUCUGUCAUACCCAAGAACACAGCUGCGAGCCCAAAGACAGCGCAGACUGUGAGAGGAAAUUUGCUGUUUUAGAAAUAUAUGUGGCUUGCUGCCGAGACGCCCAGGGGAAGUCCGCUACCAAGAGGGAGAAAUCCGCUGCUUCGCGUCGUAAAUACAGCAGUCUGGAAGAAUCUCGAAAAGAUGGAGCACUUGACAUGUACGUCAUGCAGGUUGCAAAGAACAAAGGAUGAGUGAAUGGUCGCCGCCACCUCCCUUUUAUACCCGUAUGCACGGGGCGGGGACUGGCGUGGGUGUGCCAUUCGCCAAAGCCCAUUGGCAUUUUAAAUUCCUCUCGUAGAUGAUAGGUUCUCAAGAUCAAACCUCAGUCUGUCUCUCAACACAACGUCAAGAGACCGACUGAAGGGGAACCAUAUACAGUAUACCUACAUGUAACAUAAUUGACAACAAUAAUAUCGCAUGCUAAAUUUGAUCGCUUUGCAACGUGAUUGUUUUUUAAAAGAUUCAGGUUAAACUUUGCAUUACACUUGGAGUAUCUUGGGAGAAUGUUUUAAUUCUUAUGAUUUUGGUUUGGAUACGACAGACCGUAGGGUACAGCACAGGAACAACAGAGUAACAUGAUAAAACUGAUGAAUAUUUAACAGAACCUCCCUCGAAUUUACAGAUACAAAGAAUUACUUGAAUUUAGUAACAAAGCGAAUUCGGAAAAAAAUGUAAAAAGUCAGAACCUGUAUUUCACCCUACACAAGCUCUUGUCUAGAAAAAUUUAUAUUGGCCCUGAUCUAUUAAUAAAAGCCCAACAAUGUCUGAAAUCGCAUACAAUCUUUAGUAUAAAGAGCAGGAGUUUGAUGAUUACAUGCUCGAAAUGGUUUAGUUUGGCUAAAUUGUUAAACCGUAGUGCCAAGCAGUGGCUGUAUGUGGUACUGACCCAUGUACAGUAUGUAGAAAUAAUAAUAAGAAACAAUGCAAUCAUGCUGUUUAUCAGCUGAUGUUCAAGUAACCUUUUAAUUCCGUUCAACACAUGAAAAAAUCUACGGCUAAAUCUUAAAGCUGCCUGAAUCAGAUUAACCACAAAGUCCGACAUUGUGAGCAGGUGCCGCCUUGAACGCACAGAUUAGUAAGGGAAACUACUGUUGUCAACUAGUUUGGGUCUCCGAGGAAGUUGUAUUGCACUGAAAAAGCGUGAGACUUCCUAAACUAAAUCAACAUUCCUUUCUUAAACUAACAUUUUGGUCAUUGUUGGGAAUAAAUGUGUGCUAAAUAUUACUUAGUGUAAAGUAUCCAGUGUUUGUAUAAAUAAAGACACAGAGAUAUUGAAUACAAGUACAGCCAUUUAAACACUAUGGAACCUUUCUUCCAGAUGUGUAAAUAGUACCACAAUUUAAUGGUUUUAAUUUCUUUUAGUAACUGUUGUGGAAAAAAAAUAACUUGUUGAGGCCUGGAAUUGCACAGAUGCAUACUGAUUCUCCCUCACAUGCAAUCUCUGAUAGGUCUGUCAUCUUUCAACUAUGAAAGCAUUCAGCUUUAAAUGAAAGUUUUUAACAUCUUUAAGCAAAUGGGACCUGUUCAUCCUCACAUCUCAGAACAAAUAAGAACAAAUCUCUAAUUUACAAUACAGUAAUCAUAAUAUAUCAUCAUCUGCAUUGAUGAUUUUUUAAGGCAAUAUGAUUAAUUUGAAAAAAAUGUAUAAAGGGUACUGUAGGAUUUACCACAUUUAGAACAGUAAAAUAAUUUGACAUGUAAAAGACCCUUACCAGCACUGUACACAUACAAUGAUGUAUUUGUAACUAUACAUGUGUAUAUAUACACUCCUGAAUAAAAUCUUAAAACCAGGGGAAACAUUACAAGCAUUCGCAUUUCUCACUGGUGGAUCGUAACCAGAUUAUAAAUACUGAUUAAAAAUGCCAAAAAAAGAAACAGGAGCAAGAGACAAAAUGUAUUUUAUACAUGGCAGGAUUGUUGAGCUGCAGGGCUCUCACAACGUGCCAUCGCUGCCGAGGUUGGAUGCAGUAAGACAGUGUAACGAGGAAGGCGGGACGAGAGCCGUGAGGCAAUGAGGCGGGGCCGGUGGCGUGAGUGAUAGUGGGAAUUGUCUUGGUUACGGAUGUAACCUCAGUUCCCUGAUGGAGUGAACGAGACAUUGUGUCGAGCCGACAGAUGGGGGUUCGCUCUUGAGAACCUAUCAACUUCUGACUAGAAAAGGCCAAUGAAAUUGGCGAAUGAAAUUUGCAUGCCGGACUCCGCCCCCGGAUAUCCAUUCACCUUUUGGUCUGAGGAGCCUGAGCAUCCCUCGAACGCUGCGGCGGGCAGCCAGCGUUGUGGCAAGAAGGACACAACGUCUUGUUUCCUCCAUCAGGGAACUGAGGUUACAUCCGUAACCAAGACGUUCCCUUUCUGUCGGUCUCUCAACGUUGUGUCGAGCCGACAGAUGGGGUUCCUAUGGAAAACGCCACAGUGAUGUGCCGCGUUACAAUCUCUAGCGGAGCGACACUGACUGGCCUGGGCGAGUCAGACGUGAGCGCUAGCGCGAAAUUGUAACCGUUCAGUGGAGAGGUAGGGGGUCCCAGAGCUUUAUGGAAAAAGGUGGGAAGCCCCUGCCACCGGCCGUCACGGGCGGAGGCCUUGAUUCUCUAAUAGCGAGAAGCCACCCGGGACCGUAAGGGCCACUUGGUAAGCAUUAUUCCCCCCUGGGGGAAAAAACGCUACAGAGAGCACCAUCCUACCAUAGGGAGGAAUUAGUGCAGACACCACAUGGUCUCACCAUCAGGGGAGAACUCAUGGGAAAACAUGCGGACUGAAGGAGUUAACCGCAAGGUGGAGGUCCACCUAGGGAGGUCAUGGGUUGCCGAGGUGGGAACAAUUCAUGAGGAUACAUCAGACGGAACCGCCCACGGGGGGGGAGGGGGGGUUACGACGUCUGGAGCACUAGGUCCGGUUAGAGCUAUGUGGUAGAUAACUCAACUGUUCCCCGGCUUAAGGAGGCAGGGCUGCUCUGCCCAGCCUGUCCCCAGGAGGGUGCUUAGUGAUGGAUGGAAUGACUGUUCUUUACCCAGUGGGGAAAGAAGGGAGGCGUAAUAGCCGCUGAUCCCCCUAGAGGAAGGGGGAAGGGCUUUCGCAGGCGUAUGCCCUACCGGCUGCCGGUCCUACACGUUGCCCUGCAGGACGUGGGCUGACACCGGUUCCAUGCGUAGGUAUUAAAACAUCGCGAAGGUGUUGGGCGUAGCCCAACCCGCAGCUCUGCAGAUGUCUGCCAGAGAGGCGCCCUGAGACAGUGCCCAUGAGGAGUGUGCCUCACUCCUAAUGGGCAGGGGCGAUCUUGAGAUCGGUAUGCCGUAGCGCCGGCAUCCACGAUCCAAUGCGUCAGCUCUGUUUGGAGACAGCCCUCCCCUUCUGCUGACCUCCAGAACAGACAAGAGCUGCUCAGAGCUUCUGAAGCUCUGCGUGCUGUCCAAGUAGAGGCGCAGUGCGUGUACUGGACACAACACGGACGGGGUUGGGUCUUCCUCCCCAAUGGGGAGCGCCUGCAGGUUCACCACCUGGUCUCUAGGGGGAGUGGUGGGAACUUUGGGCACGUAGCCGGGCCGGGGUCUCAGGAUCACGUGAGAAUCACCGGGCCAGAGUUCUAGGCAAUCUGUGGACACGGAGGGUGCUUGUAGGUCCCCUACCCUCUUGGAGGUGAACGCCAUCAGGAGAGCCGUCUUUAUCGUGAGUUGAGAAAGAGUGGCAGCUCCGAGGGGCUCGAAGGGGGGGGGCCUCUUGAGGCCCACCACCUAGGUCGCAGGAGGGUACGGAGCGCGGAUGAGGCGGUAGCCUUCUCGCGCCCUCUUAGGAACCUAAUGACCAGGUUGUGCUGUCCCAGAGGCUUCCCAGCAACUGGGUUGUGAUGAGCGGCCGUAGCGGCUACAUACACUCCCAGUGUGGAGGGGGCAGAGGUUACUCUCCAGUCUCUCUUGAGAAAGGGACAGCACGUUCCCGAUCGAGCAACUCCGUGGGUCUUCUUUUCGAGAAGAGCACCAGGACAAGAAGAGGCACCACUUAUGGGCGUAUAGCCGCCUAGUGGCUGAGGCCCUAGUCUGAGUGGUGUCCCAACCGCCGGGGGUGGGCCACUGAGGAUCUCCUCAUCCCGUCCAGACAUGGAAGUUCCAGGGGUCUGCCUGGUAUGCUGUAACGUGCCCCUUCCCCUGGGAAAGGGGGUCCUUCGCCAGGGGGAUCGGCCAUGGGGGAGUUGUUGUCAAGAGCCUUAGCUCCGAGAACCAAGUCCGGUUGGGCCAAUAGGGCACAACUAGUACGACGUGCCUUGCUGCCCUAGGGGGAUCCUGUCCACCAAAAAGGUCAUUGAAGACCAGGGGGUUGGGGUGCGUCAGCAGAGAGGCGUGAUGACCAUACGCCUGCUGCCGGUGUGCCACGCUCUCCAGGGAACCCGACUCUGUAGCCAGUGUUGGGGCGGUCGCAUGUGCAUCAACCCGAGGGGGACCACCCCCACGAGGAUGCCAUGUGCCCAGGAGCCUCUGAAUUGUUUCAGGGGGACCGCUGACUGCCUGAAGUGCUUCAGGAAGUUCAACACUGACUGACCACGCUCUGAGUCAGUCACGCUGUCAUGGGGACGAGAAAAUCAUGUAAUCUGGAUGGUCCUGAUGGCUUCCAACAUUACUGGCAUGACAAGGAGAUCCCACUGGAGAUGUUUUCUACGUGGCACAGUGUUGGAGGCUCCAUCAUGAUCUGGGGUGCUUUUUCCUUCAAUGGGAAAAUGGAGCUUUAGCUUGUGCAGGGCCGUCAAAUGGCGGCUGGCUAUGUGGACAUGUAGCAGUGGGCAUCCCUCUUGACUGAGGGCCCUCGUCUGUGCGGUAAUGACUGGGUCUUUCAACAGGACAAUGCUACAGUUCACAAUGCCCUCCUAACAAAGGACUUCUUCCAGAAGAAUAACUUCACUUUUUAGGCCAUCCUGCAUGUUCCCCUGAUCUAAAUUCCAUUGAGAACAUUUGGGGAUGGAUGGCAAGGGAUGUUUACAAAAACGGACGUCAGUUCCAGAACGUGAAUGCCAUUCGUAAAGCCAUUUUCAUGUGCCCAGGAGCCUCUGAAUUGUUUCAGGGGGACCGCUGACUGCCUGAAGUGCUUCAGGAAGUUCAACACUGACUGACCGCGCUCUGAGUCAGUCACGCUGUCAUGGGGACAGAGUCGAGUUCCAUACCGAGAAAGAGGAUGCCCCCCUUGUGAGAUGGGUGCGUCGAGAAGGCAGACCUUCUCGGCAUUACUCAUCUGUGCAAGGUUUGGCCAGAGGUGUCUCUCAUGGACCACAAGUGUGGACAUCGCCCGACCCAGGGCCCGUGUGUUCACCUUCGGUCGCCCCUAGAGCGAGGUCGGUGGCAGCGCGGAGUUCCUGCAUAAGCUCUGGGUCGGUCUUACCCUCGUGGAGCUCUCUCAACGCCUUGGCCUGGCAGGAGCCAUAGCAUGGAGAGAGGAGGCAGCUUGGCCCGCAGCAAUGUAAGCUCUCGACACCGGAGAUGCCGAGACCCUCCAUGCUUUGGACGGGAGUCUAGGUCGAGCCCCUCAGGUGGCCGCCGCCUGCGGGCACGAGUGCACCGCGGCAGCAUGCUCCACCUGGGGGACAUCGACGUAUCCUCUAGCUGCCUCA